AUGGUCUUGAAGCUCUACGGCGUCAGCAUUGCCACCUGCACCCGCACCGUCGCGGCCGUGGCCAAGGAGCUCAACGUGCCAUACGAGCUCGUCGAGAUCGACUUCGCCAAUGCCGAGCAUAAAUCACCUGCGUUCACCGCAAUCCAGCCGUUCGGGCAGGUGCCUUACAUCGAUGAGGACGGUUUCAAGCUAUUUGAGUCGCGCGCCAUCGCGCGUUACCUCGCCAAGAAGUACGCUAGCCAGGGCACGAAGCUGAUCCCCACCGAUCCCAAGGAGGAGGCCAUCUUCGAGCAGGGCGUCUCGAUCGAGCAGUCUCACUUCUACCCGGUCACGCUGGCAAUCGCUGCCGAGAAGACCUUUAAGCCGAUGCGCGGCCUAUCCCCCGAUGAAGUCGUCGUGGAGGAGCAGCUUAAGGCCCUUGAGGUCAAGCUCGACGCGUAUGAUAUUAUCCUCGGAAGGCAGAAGUACAUUGGUGGCAAUUCCUCCCCCACCUUUCCCUAA